UCUAAAAAUUACGAAGAAUAAAUGAUGGCAGACCAAAUAAAAAACAUAAACGUCAAAAUACCUUUAUCGUUAAAAUUGAUAAGGAGGGAUUUUUCAUUUAGCUCGCCCUGUCCAUUUACCCAUUCCAUGUAGGGUUUGUCAUGGAACGGGUAUGUUAUCCUACAUUGCGGCACAAAACAAAAUAGUACAUGCUAGCCAGCUGAAAUUCUUGUGGCUGGCUAAAGAUAUGCCGUAAGUCAGAGUUCUUUAUGAAAACAAUACCACAAAGCAAUGGCCGAGGCUGAUAAGAAGAAAACGGUAGUUUUAAUUGCGAUAGAUGAAAGUCAACAUAGUCGAAGAGCUUUUGACUAUUACCAAAAUGAAGUUGCUGAUGAAAAUCAUGAAGUGAUUCUUGUUCACAUGUUUACACCCCCAGCACCUCCAGCCAUGUCAUCCAAAGGUUCGUCGAUUCAAACAACGCCUUCAGUCCGCAGACGAGUCACCCACACCAAUCGAGCCAACCAUCUGGACCAUCUUAGUAUAGCCUCACGGUACUUUCAAUCUCAAGCUUUGGCACCCACUACUAGGGCCACGUAUUCCACUGGUGUUGCCUCAUAUCAGCGAUUUUGUUAUAGGUGGUCUCAUCCUCUCUGGCCGUUGAACGAGGAUAUUCUAAUUCGCUACAUUUCUAGUUUGGCACAACGCGUAUCUCACACUACCAUUCGCGUUUACAUCUCAGGCUUGCAAUAUCACUCCAUCAUGGCCGGCAACUAUGUUCGAAUAGCAGACAUGAGUCGCUUGUGUUACACCCUGCGAGGAAUUAAAAGAGUCCAAGGAGCUCGUCUCACCCGGCCGCGCAGGCACCCAAUUACAUAUCAGAAUUUGUGUUUAAUUCAUUACCGUAUUCAAUUUUUACAAGCUACAGUAUAUGAACGACUACUUUUCAAAGCUGCUACCUCUUUGGCCUUCUUUGGCUUGUUGCGCUGCUCUGAAUACACUUAUCAAUCCAGUCGUCACUUCGAUCUAUCCACUGAUUUAUUGGUUGGAGAUAUCCAAUUUUCCGCAGACAAUUCCGUCAUGCUGGUUCAUAUCCGGUCGUCUAAAACAGAUCCCUUUCGUGUUGGUUGUCAGAUUAGGGUUGGCGCUAACAAUAACGCAGUUUGCCCGGUUCAGUGUAUGCGCCGUUUCUUAGCGGUUCAUCCCGGCCCAGGGUGGCCACUCUUCACUUACCAAGACUUCAAAUUUUUGACUCGUCAGGACAUAGUAAACCUCCUGGCUUCGUGUUUGCCUAAUAUUCCACACAUUAAUACACAUUCCUUUCGCAUUGGUGGUGCCUCCGCAGCAGCAUCUGCAGGGGUGCCUGACAGCACUAUCCAGAUUUUAGGCAGGUGGACCAGUGAUGCCUAUAGACGCUAUCUACAUCUCGAUGAUGCACAGGUCAUUGGCCUUUCUCGCAGUCUAUGCACCGCUGGGCCACCUACUCGUGGGUGGAGCCGUCACACACCUUCAUUUUUGUUAUAGUUUAGUUGGUGGCGCUCGUAGGCGUCACCACACCUCUUCAUUUUGUAUAGUUUGUCAAGUGUGGUGGUGUGGGGGAAUUUGGGGGUGUGUUGUGUAUUUUAAACUCAUGCUGGUAUUCUUAAGUAAUAUUUUGCUAUUCAUGAACUAUCAAUCUUAAGCUGUCCUUGUUGGCAGUUUGUUAGAACCUGUCUUUGUUGACAGUUUGUUUAGAACCUGUCUUUGUUGACAGUUUGUUUUACUUAUAUUGAUUGACAGUUUGUUUAUGUGAUCCUUGUUGACCACACUACAUUUACGAGAAACUGUCUUAGACAGUUUGUUGUGGUCUUUGUUGACCUCUGUUACAAUUAGAUACAGUACACACAUAUCCUCCGAGACCCCUCAUAUUCGCCAAACUUGCAGUUUUUAUUGUUGUUUUUCCCUGCGCGUUGUCAGCAAUUAAAGGUAGUUAAGUUUACUUAACUUUAGUUAAUUGCUAAACGACAUGGACUGGCGUUAGUACGGUAGCGCGUAGCUGUGGUUGCCAUCUUAGUUUCACAGGCCUGGGCUCCAAUCUUCACUUUGUUCGUUCGGCUCUUUUAGUCACGGUCUCGCUCCACGAUUCCUCUUUCGCUCGUGCUAGCCAACAGUAGUUGUGGUUUUACCGCCCACCCAUCCCGUCAGGGCAUUUUUACUGUUUAGUUCAUUAGGUUUUAUUCAAUGUGAAUAUUUUUAGGACAUUUAUACACGGGAGAUGUAUAUAUUUUGUAUACGUUGUAUAUAUAUUUACUUUGCGUUCAUGUGGUCUGAAAGACAGGGUCGAGGGGGUGUGUUGUGUAUUUUAAACUCAUGCUGGUAUUCUUAAGUAAUAUUUUGCUAUUCAUGAACUAUCAAUCUUAAGCUGUCCUUGUUGGCAGUUUGUUAGAACCUGUCUUUGUUGACAGUUUGUUUAGAACCUGUCUUUGUUGACAGUUUGUUUUACUUAUAUUGAUUGACAGUUUGUUUAUGUGAUCCUUGUUGACCACACUACAUUUACGAGAAACUGUCUUAGACAGUUUGUUGUGGUCUUUGUUGACCUCUGUUACAAUUAGAUACAGUACACACAUAUCCUCCGAGACCCCUCAUAUCCGCCAAA